UUAACUGUCACUUUUUCUCAAUGAAGCCGUGAGGUGCUCGUACACAUUGUAAACUCAUAAUAAAUAUAAUUGGAUUAAAAUUAAAAUAGUAAUCAAAACAAAAGUUCAGUGUCAAGUAUGUUAAAGUAUUUCCUCGACAAGUUUUGGAAUGAAGACGUGUGGUUACCGCCUAAUACGACAUGGUCAGACAUCGCUCCUGGGCCCGAUAAGGCGGUGGUUUACACCGAUCAUACGCACGUUUUCUAUCCUAUACCGUUAGCAUUGGUGUUUAUAUUCCUGCGCUACGUGUUAGAGAAGUUAGUCAUCGCUCCAUUCGGUACAUACUUAGGCAUUAAGAACACAAAACCACGAAGGGCACCGAAUAACCCGAAGCUCGAGAAAAUAUACCAGACUUCGUCGAAACUUAAACAGCCGGCACUCCUAGCUAAGAAGCUCGAUAUCUCUGAGCGCGAGGUCCAGCGCUGGUGGCGCCUCCGUCGCGGCCAGGACAAGCCCUCCACCCUCGUGAAGUUCAGCGAGAACGCCUGGAAGGUCGUCUUCUACAUCUGUAACUUCACCUUCGGAUUGUACACGCUCUGGGAUAAAGAAUGGCUGUGGGACAUCGACCAGUGUUAUAUCGGGUAUCCUCAUCAGGGUCUUACCAACGACAUCUGGUGGUACUACAUGAUAUCAGCGGCGUUCUACUGGUCGCUGACCAUCUCCCAGUUCUGGGACGUCCGUCGCAAGGACUUCUGGCAGAUGUUCGUGCACCACAUCGCGACCAUCCUGCUGCUGUCCUUCAGCUGGGUCUGCAACCUGCACAGGAUCGGGACGCUCGUGCUGCUGCUGCACGACUGUGCUGAUAUAUUCGUUGAGUCUGUGAAAGCCUCGAAGUACGCGAAGUACCAGAAGCUGUGCGACGCUCUGUUCCUGAUGCUGAUCGUCGUGUGGAUUGGCACACGCGUCGGUAUUUACCCCUUCUACCUCAUAUGGAGCACAUCGAUCCGCGCCCCGAUGCUGCUGCCGAUGUUCCCCGCGUACUACAUCUUCAACUCGCUGCUGUGUCUGCUGCUAGUGUUGCACAUCGUGUGGACCUGGCUCAUCCUGCAGAUCGCUUACAAGGCUAUCAAGGCUGGACAGAUGGAUGGUGACAUCAGGAGCUCCAGCUCGGACCUGAGCGACAGUCCCCACAACUCCAACCACAGCUCACCAACCAGGUCCAAGAGUAGAAAGGACACAUAAACACACAACCCUUCACAACAACUCCAGAGUCCUACAACCACACAAUUCACGCAGUAACGUACUGUAUCAUAAUACUUACUACAGAAAGCAAGCUUGUAUCGUGUUCACCAUCCAUUGCGGGGUACAUUCAGCUUUGUAGCCCUGGUCUACACAGCGCUAGGUCAAAACACGCAAUGGAAUGCGAAGUGGAUGAUAAAGUCGUUUAGUUUAGCCUUCGCUACGCUAUGUUUAGCUUCAAGGUAAAUUGAGGAUAACAUUUUGGCUUUUUACUACUACAACAGUUUCUAUUCUUGAAGAUUUUACCUUCUAGUGUCUUGAUACAAAAUUCUUAUAGUUUGUAUAGGCACGCGUCAUUGGAGGCUAAAAUCAUAGACCAUAUAUUUGGCGAGUAAGGGAAAUCGUUAUCCUGCAAUUUAAACUAUCUUCUGCUGUGCAUAUUUUUGUUUUUAGUUAAUUAAUAAAAACUUCUAAAAACCACAGCAUGUUGAAGCGAUUUCCAAUCAAAGUUUUAUUCGUGAAUACAAUUCAAUGUAAGUUGGUCCCUCUGAAGUGUAGUUAUAUGAUUCAAACAUAAUUAAGGACAGUGGAGCUUGAAAAAGACCCAUUUUGUUUAAGAAUUUGCUACUUUUUAGCACCUUUUGCCACUUGAUGUCUAUAAUACAUUAGUCAACUGUGGCUGCGCUUAGCACCUGAUGUUCUAUGCUGCCUUAUAAACAGCAAAAUUUAACCAGUUAUUCAGAAAUAACAUAGCCAAGAAUAUUUUAACGGCAUCAAUAGUUCUGAUAAUCCUGUGUCACCAAAUAUAAUGUGACUACAUGCCGUCUGAUUAUACUUAAGUGUUUAUUUAAACUAUACAUUUCAUAGGGGUCAAAAUAUAUUGGUUGUACAUACGUCGAGAUUAUGCGGGAUGAAGGAUGGGUCUCAAGGCUUAUAGCUUAGAACUAUGGAGGCAUUAGUUAUAGAAACUGCCGCGAACGGCGCUAGUGGAUCUAAUCUCAAACGAAUACCAAAAUUAGGCUUUAUUUUAGAGCACAAAGUUACAUAGAAGAUAUACGAAUGGAUUACUAACAAAUAAUUGAUAGUUUAAUACGUGUCUGUAUCUACUAGCGCCAUCUGGCGGCUAAUGCACUCCUUUUAUAUUAGGAUCGUUCAUGGAUUAUAUCACAAUUGACCUGUGCUUGAUUCAACAUAUUUCAAUAUUAUUAUAAAUGGUGACGUAUAUUUUUCGCCGUUUUAUAGAUUUAUUCAGCUCGACAUGUAUUUAUAUCAAAUCUGAACCUUAAAACCCACAGUAAUAAGACCAGGGGAUUCUGAACUCCCUUGAAGUCUUUCUGUUGAGAAAGGGAGACGGCGUUAUAUACAACAUCUCUCUUUUACAACUUCAACAUAUUUACUUCAAUACGAGGUGCUGGUCGCCUCUAAGUUUCCAUUACUUCAUUUGGUGAUAUAAUCUGUGAAUGAUAUCAAAUUGGUGUUUAAAAAUAACUUUAUAAAUAUGUAGUGUAAGCUCAAUGUGUAGAUGUAAGUUGUUCUACAGUGAGACGGACCAAACUUGAGGUUUUGAGCUCGUUUGUAAAGCCAAAUUGUAGCUGUUUGUAGUUGAAAGAUAUUAAACUGUGGGCCGGUGUCAACACUCAAUAAUUGUGUUGAAUUCAAAGAAUUGAACAUAAUUAAAACUUCCUUACUAAUACUGUAAAAAUUUGUUCAUUAUUGGUACUAAUCAAAUAUCAUUAAAAAAACGUUCUACUUAAUGUCUUUGGGGUCUUGAGUUGCCCUGUAAAAUAACCCUUUGCGCUGGUAGUGUUACCAGAUACAAAUAGGGCAGUUUUCUUUUAAUAUAAUUUUGGAAGUAGUCGUUAUAUUCGGCCCACAUCUUAUAACAGGGACCACAUAGUUGGGCUAGCCUUUUCAAACUGUUUAUGCAGGAACCCAACUGCGUGAGACACUUUAUUGUGGACUUAUAAUACUUACUAAUAAUAAUUGUAGUGUGUUGUCGUGUCAUUGUAUUACUAUUUAUCUUACUAUUGCAUUGUAUAAACUUAGGCCUGAUUCGCACGGGAGCUUUUUUAAUGCGCGUUAAAUAAGCGUUCAAAUAGAACAAAUGCAUUUCCAAGUGCAUGUUCAUACGACUAUUCAUUCCCUUUAGCCCCCACCGCCCAGCGCUCAAAAUGCAACACUACUCGAUAAAAAAGCGUCGCGUUUUAAAAGCACAGACGUAUGAACAAGUACUUGGAAAUACAUUUGUUCUAUUUGAACGCUUUUUUAACGCGCGUUAAAAAAGCUCCCGUGCGAAUCAGGCCUAAUACGCAGUUGGGUUGCAAAUAUAUUAUUAUUUUUCUAUGGAAAGUAUUAACGCUGUACCUAAAUCGCAUUCCGUUUGUAUCCACUUGUAAAAACAAAUAUUUUUCUUUUGACUGAUUUAAAAGUAGAACCGAAUUUAGUCUAUGGUCUGGUUGAACCAACUCUUAUUUUUAUACUCUUUGCAAUAUGGCGCGGGGAUGUCGUCCCUAAUAUAUAUAUUUAACUACGACAAUUUUGGAACUCUUUACUGUACCUAGAAAGGUCGUUGCUUAUUAAUCCGAAAUAUAAUUUUGAACCAUUCAAAAUUAAAACGGAAUGGUUGUUAUGGUUUGAAAUAAUUAAGAACACAUUAUUAAAUGAUGUAACGGUUUACUCACGCGUAUUUAUCGGGAGUGCCCGACUAGUUUCGGACGGGAUCGCGAGCCGAGUUCUAGCAUCUAACAUCUUUUAGACUGGAGGAAUAAUUUAACAAUCUUUAAACUGUUCUAACAUUGUUACCAACUCAAAUAUUUCGGAUUAAUGAUAAAGGUAAGACCUUACAUAAAUGUAUUUAUUAGAAUAAGUCAUUCAUUUGUUAGUCUGUCUGUUUAAAUGGAAUUUUCUUAUAAUAACUACAUAUAAUAUAUUUUGUAUAUCUAUUUAUGAAUUAAUGUGAAUAAAGCUAAGCUGAUUAUUUCAAUACCGUGAGAUUUAAAAAGGUUUUAUUAGAAAAAAUCUGUAAAUACCUAUAAUAUUAAUAAUUAAUGUCUAUGUACUAAAGGUUUAUUGCAUUUCAAUGUUACUGGUGUAUCGCAAUGUUAAUAUGAAACAGCUUCCAUACAAUUCCAUACUAUAAAUAAUAAUAGGCGAAUAUAAAUAAUGCUAAAUGUAAUAGUAUUUAUUGUUAGUUAUUUAAGUAUUUAUGUCAAUGCAUGUUUCACCACUGUUACAAGAAAUACAUUGUAUAAUACUUCCUAUAUUGUUUUCCAAAAAAAGAUCACGAAUGCCUCUGAAUUGUAUGAUUGACAUUUGCAUUUUAUAAAUAGUAAAUGAUAUGUGAAUAUCGAUGCGUUUUACACAAUAAAAAAGUGAUCUAAAACAACUGCCAAUUUCAAUACCCUUCCCUUUAUUUCCGCUACUUAUGUAGUGGUGAAACAGGUAAUAUAUCAUAAUUAUAUUAUUAUUAUUAAUAAUAAAGCGGGAACUAAGUUUAUCGGUGGUCCAGCCACUCGUUCAUAUCCAAAUAUCUGGCACAGCUGUGUAACAUAGUUUUUAAUAUUAUAUUUUAGUUACGUUAUGUUUUAAGGGCUAUGCUGCACUUUGCUAAGCACUAGGGUUGUUUUCAACAUGGUUAAAAUUAAAAUUAAUAAAUGGUUAUGCGUAGACUAAACAACGCCAUCUAGCGAUCAAUAUUGGUACUUCAGAUACUCAAACAUUUAUUUUCUUCUUAGGAACCCUGAUUUUAUUAUUGUUUCUUGUGAAUAAUAAACUUAAUCUCAAAGCAGUAAGGCUUAUAUUCGCGUUUGCAUCGUAUUGUGACAACUGUUCGUGAUAUGUGCAAGUGGUGUUCAUAUACCUAAGAGUAGACAAAAAUAUGUUGAAAACAAUCCAUUAACUUAUAUUUCGUCUUUAAAGAGUAUCUCUUUAUUUGAUGGUGGUGUGAGGAGCACAGUUAUUUCACUAUGUCUAAGGUUUAUUGCAUCACAAGUUAUUGUUUGUUCGCCUUUGAUGUCAACACAAAUAACGAUUAUUUUUAUGGUUUCUUAAAAGAAUAAUUCAAUGUAUUCAUAAUUUUUUCGAAUUGUUACCGUGUAAUGCAAUGUAUGCAAAAUUCAAAUGUUUUGAUUACUGUUUUAAAUCCAAUCUUGUUUUUAUGUGAAAACAUUGAAAAAUAUGAAUACGUUUUUUGCUAUAAUGUUCUUUUGGUUCUUGUAUCCAAUACUAAGAUAGAUGAAUUGGUAACAUUUUGGUACCUUCCUAACACUAAAAUAUCAUAACCCAUUUACCCAGUGUCGUGUCGUGUGUUAAUCGACGUGCUUUUAGCUUAGCAUUUAUUUAAAUGGGGGAUGAAAGGAAAAUUACCAAUUACUCCGAAUUAUGUUUUCAUAACUAACAUGGUUAUUCAAUUGCAUGUAAAUGUCUGUCGUGUAUUUGUAACGUAUUUUAUAAAUAUCGUGUCCAGGCGGAGCGAUGGCAUCGAACUUUAGUUUGUAUAACAAAGUUCUAGUCAGGGGGAUGCUACAGUAAGAAUAUGUACCUAAGUAAGGCGAUAUUAAUUAAAUAAUUGAUGGAAAUAA